UGAUUUUGAACAAACGCGGCGGCGGGAUCGGCGCGGGCGCGGCCGCCGCCGCCGCGGCCGCCGGGAGCGGCACCGGGGGGCGCCGGCACCGGCGAGAGGCAUCGCUAGCGGAGGAAGAAGAAGAGCGCCCGCCCGCCCGUACCUGCUCCGGCCAUCACUGCCACAGCUACUAAAAUGGAGGUGGUUUCAGCAGAAGUCAACAGCUUGCUCCCUGAGGAAAUCAUGGACACCGGCAUAACUCUGGUGGAGGAUGACAGCAUCGAGGCUGUUAUCGUGUCGUCGCCGAUGGGAGGAGAGUCUAUUCCCAUGGAAACAGAACUGGAAGAAAUAGUGAACAUAAGCACCACCAGCGACUCCUCAGCCACGACCACAGCCACGGUCACCACGGAAUCAGUUCCUGCGCCCAGCAGCCACACAGGAGAUGCUGCACUGACCACCACAGCCCCAAGCCCUGAUGUGAAUGCAGCUGUAAAGCCUGCCUUUCCAGGUGGCCUCCAUAAACUUGGUGCUCAGACCCCUGUCACUAUCUCAGCUAAUCAGAUUAUUCUGAACAAGGCCACUGAUAUUAAAAUAGGCAGUCAGAGUAUUAAACCAGAUGGGCAAAAGCUGAUUGUGACAACUUUGGGCAAGUCUGGCCAGCCUAUUGUUUUAGCAUUACCCCACAGCCAGCUCCCACAGUCGCAGAAGGCCGUGUCCCAAGCCCAGGGUGGAGACUCCAAGGUACAAGGCCAGCAGAUCAAAGUUGUCAUUGGAGGUCGGUCGGAAGUGAAACCUGUUGUGGGUGUCUCAGCUUUGACACAGGGAAGUCAGCUGAUAAACACUGCGGCCCAGCCCUCUGUCUUGCAGUCCCAGCAAGUAAAAACAGUACAGAUUGCGAAGAAGACUCGAACCCCAACUUCUGGCCCGGUGAUCACCAAGCUGAUAUUUGCAAAACCAAUCAAUAGCAAAGCUGUUACAGGGCAGACCACUCAAGUGUCACCAGUCAUUUCAGGUAGGGUUUUUUCACAGUCUGCUCCAGGGACACCACCAAAGACAAUAACCAUCUCUGAGAGUGGAGUCAUUGGAUCAUCUUUGAGUACAACAACACAACAGACACCGAAUAAAAUAGCUAUCUCACCACUCAAAUCCCCCAAUAAGCAGCUAACAGUGGUGUCAGUGGCCUCCCAGCCUCCCAACUCCCCCCAGAAGACGGUGGGCGUCCCACUGAAUGUAGCGUUAGGACAGCAGAUCCUCACAGUGCAGCAGUCAGCACCCUCCUCCCCUGGGAAGGCUAUAGUCAACCACACAACCACCCAGGCUGUGAAAUCAGCAGUGCAGACCAUUACUGUAGGAGGAAUGGGUACAUCUCAAUUUAAGACAAUUAUUCCCUUGGCAACUGCACCCAAUGUUCAGCAGAUUCAGGUACCUGGAAGCAAGUUCCAUUAUGUCAGACUCGUUACUGCCACAACAGCCAGUAGUUCAACCCAGUCUGCCAGUCAAAAUCCCAGUACGAAUACUCAGCCUCUGCAACAGGCGAAGCCCGUGGUGGUGAACGCGACCCCCGUGCGUAUGUCAGUUCCCAUAGUGCCAGCACAGACUGUGAAACAGGUGGUGCCCAAACCAAUUAACUCAACUUCUCAAAUAGUCACUACCAGUCAGCCCCAACAAAGGCUUAUCAUGCCAGCCACUCCACUGCCGCAGAUCCAGCCCAACCUCACCAACCUCCCCCCGGGCACUGUGCUGGCACCAGCCCCUGGCACAGGAAAUGUUGGCUAUGCAGUCCUUCCAGCUCAGUAUGUCACACAGCUACAACAGUCAUCCUAUGUAUCCAUAGCAAGCAACACUGGCUUCACAGGGACAUCCAGUGUCCAGUCCCAGGCACGGCUGCCAUUUAAUGGAAUAAUUUCUUCUGAGUCUGCAAACCGCCCCAGGAAGCCUUGCAAUUGUACUAAAUCUCUGUGUUUGAAAUUGUAUUGUGACUGUUUUGCAAACGGUGAAUUCUGCAAUAACUGCAACUGUACAAAUUGUUAUAACAACCUGGACCAUGAAAAUGAUAGGCAAAAAGCAAUAAAGGCCUGCCUCGACAGAAACCCUGAAGCCUUCAAGCCCAAAAUAGGGAAAGGAAAGGAAGGAGAAUCGGAUCGGAGGCACAGCAAAGGGUGUAACUGUAAACGCUCGGGAUGUCUCAAAAACUACUGUGAAUGUUAUGAGGCAAAAAUCAUGUGUUCUUCCAUAUGCAAAUGCAUUGGCUGUAAAAAUUUUGAAGAAAGCCCGGAGCGAAAGACAUUGAUGCAUUUAGCCGAUGCUGCAGAGGUCAGGGUGCAGCAGCAGACUGCUGCAAAGACCAAGUUAUCUUCCCAGAUCUCAGACUUGCUGACAAGGCCAACACCAGCACUCAGCAGUGGUGGUGGGAAGCUGCCCUUUACGUUUGUCACCAAGGAGGUGGCCGAUGCAACCUGUGAAUGCCUCCUGGCACAGGCAGAGCAAGCGGAGAAGACGGGCAAGUCCAAAGCUGCAGCAGAGCGCAUGAUCCUGGAGGAGUUUGGACGCUGUCUGAUGAGGGUUAUCAGCUCUGCAGGGAAGUCCAAAGGUGACCCUUGUGCCAUGAACUGCUGACUCAUGCACAUGAGCCACAAUGAAGCGGACUGAACAGAACACUUAAGGCACAGGGACACUUUGGUUUAGCAUAAAGGAUGAAUUUAAUAAUAUUUGU